AAGGGGGAGGGGUGGGUAACGAAGGCCCCGGUUACGGCGGCUGAGGAGAGGAGAGGCGGGGCGAGGCGAGCCUGAGAAGAGAACAGGACAGGCCGUGUGCAUAGAGAGGACACCGGGAGCAGCGGCAGCGGGUCUGAGGGGGCGGCGGCCGCCCCCGUCGUCGUCCCUGGCUGGGCUGAGAGGGGCCGGCCAGGCCAGGGCAGGCAGCGGACCGAGCGCGGCGGCGGGCAGAACCGCCUUCCUUCCGCACAGCCGUGAGGUGAGCUCUCGGUCGGCCGAAGCGGCCUGGCCAGGUCACACGUUCAAAGCCUCCAAGCAACUAUGGAUAAAAGGGGGGGACUGACAGAAGUUGUGAAUGGCGAUACAUUACUUGACACUAACAGAAUUGGUGCAAUGAAAUUCCCUCAUCGCUACACAAAAGAAGAACUCUUGGAUAUUAAAGAGCGUCCCCACUCUAAACGGAGGCCAUCAUGUCUUUCAGAAAAAUAUGACAGUGAUGGCGUUUGGGACCCUGAAAAAUGGCACGCAUCUCUGUAUCCAAAUUCUGGAAGGACUUCACCAGUGGAAGGACUUAAAAAGGACCUAGAUUCAGAUCGGUCUUCCCUCAUGAGAAGGAUAGUGGAUCCCAGGGAACGGGUAAAAGAAGAUGACUUGGAUGUGGUACUGAGUCCACAGAGGCGAAGCUUUGGAGGGGGCUGUCAUGUGACUGCAGCUGUAGGCUCACGUCGAGCAGGAAGCCCACUGGAAAAGGAAAGUGACUGUGUCCGUGUCAUUGGUGGCCGUAGGAUUGGCAGUGGAAGAAUAAUCUCUGCCCGAAACUUUGAUAAAGACCACCGAGGUGGUGAAAAGGACUCGCGGGACUCCAGAGAUGCAAGGGACAGAGACCGUGACAGGGAUUACAAAGACAAGCGUUUCAGGAGAGAAUACGGAGACAGCAAGCGUGUCUUUGGAGAACGCCGAAGGAAUGACUCCUACACUGAGGAGGAGCCAGAAUGGUUCUCUGCUGGCCCAACAAGUCAGUCGGAAACCAUUGAACUUACUGGCUUUGAUGAUAAAAUACUGGAGGAAGAACACAAAGGCCGAAAGCGAGCAAGGCGGCGCACAACAUCUCUGAAGGAAGGAAUAGAAUGCAAUGGUGGAGUAGCUCAAGAGGAAGAAGUACAGCCAGCUCUCGGCCAGGAGACGGCAGCAGAUCAGGAAGUCCCAAGGGAAAUGGUACUGCCAGAACCAGCUCCAGGAGAGUUUGAUUUCAAUGAGUUCUUCAACCUGGACAAGAGCGUUCCAGGCUUGGCUUCGAUGAUAGAAGAUGUGCUGGGGGAAGGCUCUGUGUCAGCCAGCAGGUUCAGCCGCUGGUUUUCUAAUCCCAGCCGUUCUGGAAGCCGUUCGAGUAGUCUUAGAUCUACGCCCCAUGAAGAGCUGGAGAGACUGGCAGGUCUAGAGCAAGGCAUUCUGUCCCCUGGCCAGAACGCUGGAAACUACUUUGCUCCCAUUCCUUUGGAAGACCGUUCUGAAAACAAAGUGGACAUCCUAGAGAUGCUACAGAAAGCCAAAGUGGACUUAAAGCCCCUCCUCUCAAGUCUCUCAGCCAACAAGGAGAAGCUUAGAGAGAGCUCACAUUCAGGAGUUGUACUUUCAGUGGAAGAAGUAGAAGCUGGGCUGAAAAGCCUGAAAGUGGAUCAGGAAGGGAAAACAGCUGCCCCCUUAAUGGCAGAGCAGAUGGAAGAGUCAUUAAAUGUGACAGACUCCCAGCACCUUAAAGAUGGUGAUAUGUCUGCCUUCAACAAACUAGUCAGUACUAUGAAGGCAAGUGGGACUCUACCUUCGCAACCAAAAGUCAACCAAACCCGUGAAAGCCACUUGAUACCGCCUUCUGAGAUGCCAGGACAGUCGGCUACAAAGAAUAUCUUGCAGGAGAUCCUUGGACCAUCCACUGGCAGACCUGCUUCCUCUAACGUCCUGAAUACUUUGAUGAGUGGCUUGGAACCUGUGUCAUCUCUCCUUGGCCAAAGAGCACCCUCUCCGCCUCCGCCUUCUGUCUCUCAAAUGUUUCCCACUCGAGCGGCUUCAGCUGACUAUCUGAGACAUCAGAUCCCCUCACCGAUUGGCUUUGGAUCAGGUUCUCCGCAGUUGCUUGGCGAUCCGUUUCCGGGGAUCCGGAAGUCCAUGAGCCCGGCUGCUGUGCAGAUGAGUCCGCUGGAGCUGCAGCAAGCUGCGUUAGAAGGCCUGUCCCUUCCACAUGACUUAACCAUGCAGGUGUCAAACUUCUACCAACCAGGUUUCGGCAAACUACAAAUGGACAAAACCAGAGAUGGCUUCAGGAACAGGCAGCAGCGCCUGACUAAAUCUCCUGCACCCCCAGGCCACAGAGGGAAUGCCUCAUCUCCUCCAGCCCCGGCUGCUUCCAUAACUAGCAUGCUGUCUCCUUCCUUUACUCCUACCUCAGUGAUACGCAAGAUGUAUGAAAGCAAAGACAAAACUAAAGAUGAACCAAAUCCUGCAAAGCUGAAAUGCAGUGAGAGAGAUGAAGGUCUGAGGACCCAUGAAGAGGGCCUGCUGCCAUCAAGGUCCAUAGAACACAUAGAUCAAGAGAAUUCGCCUUCCAUAGGUACUAAAUUAGCAUCGCUACAGCGCUCUGAAUGUUCAACGCCGCUUUCUCAGACCAACCGUUGCACCAAAGAACAAGACCACAGGCCGAAGUCCACCGGGAGAAAAACCCCCACCAUGGCUUCUCCUGUCCCAGGGACAACUUUUCUUCGUCCUGUCCACCAGGUCUCCCUGGUUCCUCAUGUGCCAAUGGUACGGCCUGCUCAUCAACUGCCCCCAGGAUUGGUCCAGAGGAUGCUGGCACAAGGUAUUCAUCCACAGCAUCUUCCUCCUCUGCUGCAAGCAGGUAUGAUUCCUCCUGGGGUAGACCUGACUCACUUACAAGGAGUAUCUGCUCCCCUCCUUGGCCAGCCUUGCUACCCGCUCCCAGCAGCUGGCCAUCCCCUCUUGAACCCUCGCUCUGGGACGCCUCUGCAACUGGCAAUGAUGCAACAGCAGCUACAGAGAUCAGGCUCAAGUGCACAAGGAUCUGCUGUCAGUGUGCCAUCUCGGACUGGAUUGCCUCAUGUACACUCGCAGCUUGACCACCGUGUGAACCAGCGAAGCAGCUCCCCCGUAGGCCUUGCGAAGUGGUUUGGUUCAGAUGUCUUGCAGCAGCCUCUCCCAUCCAUGCCGUCCAAAGUCAUCAGUGUAGAUGAACUGGAGUACCGGCAGUGAGCAGCCGGGUUGGAGAGCAGGUCCCUUCUCCUGAUGGCAGGCAGAUCUCCUUGGGCAGCUGUCCCCCCGUGUGCUUCCCUGGUGUUUUGUUUUCGGGCGCUUUGGUUUUAGGACUAUGUGCAAGGUUCUUCUUUUGAGUGACUAACAGCACAUGGCACCUGGCCCAGCUCCCACAUCUACGUCAAGAUUUAAAAGAAUCUCAAGAGACUGAACCCUGAAGAAACUUGGAUCCAAUACAGGACCAGUUCAAUUCUGGAAGCAUCUCCCUUUUUCUUUUUUUGCUUUUUUGUAAGAUAUGUGAAUGAAGUGCUGAGAAUCCUCUUGGGGAUAGAGGUAGCAGCUGAAGGGUUCCUCACAGGAAAUGAAAUGUAUAGACCCUUGUGUACACACCAGUGUAUAGACAUCUUUUUGUAUAUAUCCACAGGAUAGCUUUUUUUGAACCUAUACAGCUGUACAUAAAGGUAGUUAGUAAAAAGUUAAGCUUUAGUUUGUGUGCCUAUGGUUUGGAUCUUUUCACUGUACAUGUGGGACUUGUUUAAGAUUAAAGGUGCCGCAUCUUGUCAA